UCGACAUUAAACCAAACCCUCUCAAAAACUGACUCCCGACGGCGCAAUAUACACCUCUUGAGUGGCGUUUCAAAUUAUACAUUCGAUUAUAGAACCCGAUCUUCUGACACUGAUAAGAAUUCCUCGCCUCUUUUAAUCAGGACAACACAGCAGCCUAGCCAUUCAUUCACACACUACACACAUGAACUAGUAACACACGAAGCGCGGUCGAAGCCUUAGCGACUGAAGUACAGCUAGACAAAUCGUUUCAGAGAAGCUGGCUAACAACACGAGUCGUACAACCCUGUCCAGAAAACGUUGUCAAACAGCUUCCUAUCAGCCUUGAUGUGGAUUGGGGAAUUUAAGCAGCACGGCUUCAGUCAUUCAAGCGUUCUACAUCUAGACGAUAGCGCUGGGAAAUUAGUCCCGCCUAGCGGAGGGAUACUGAAGCGAUAGGCCGUGGGGAUAUUCCUGGAAAGCGGGAGUGGGAUAAGAUCAAUGGUGCGUCCGAUGUCGUAAUCCAGCAGAAGCCGUUACCACAACAAAUCCGUUCCAAGAUGGCGGCUUAUGAAUUACCGUCUUUCAAUGACACGAUCAAGGGGGAUAACUCGACACUUGCCCAUGCACUGGAUCCAAUGAUAAUUUUACAAUCUCUCAACGACAAGAAAUCCAUUCUGUUGGCACCUGUCAUAGCGUACACUGUUGUGCUAAUGACUAUCGGGAUUAUCGGAAACCCUAUCGCCAUUUUUAUCUACGCCUUUCGAUGGCCGAGGACGACCACCAAGUGCUUUUUGUUAUGCCUCGCCGUAUUGGAUUUAUGCAACUGUCUCAUCACCAUGCCAACGGAGAUAGCCCUCAUGGUCAACUUUUAUUACUUCAGUAACAGUGUCAUUUGUAAAAUAUCCCGUUUCACCACGUACACCAUGAACAAUGCUUCAGUUUUCGUGCUCCUUGUUGUGGCCAUCGAUCGUUUUAUUAGGAUAUGCUUGCCUCAUGAUCAGCCAAUCAGCAUCCGAGGAUCUAAGAUCGCAUGUGGCGUUUCUGUGGUCGUGGGAGUUGGUGUGUCAUGGCCAGCCCUCGUGAUUUACGGACCGAAAUACGUGGAUAUUCCGAUCCCCGGGGGCCCCGUCAUAACAGGCGUGAUGUGUCAGGUGGAACAUAAAUAUUCCACGACCCCCUAUCCCCUGGCGUUUAUGAUCUACCUGUGGGUAGCGUUCUGUGUCAUCGCAGUCGCGAUGACGGCGUUGUAUAUUAUGAUAGGAAGGGAGAUAAUCAAGAGAAAAAGGAUGAAGAAACAGCGCGGCGCUUGUACGUCAUCGCAUGUUGCGAAAUUACGUAACGAGAGUGCAAGCAUCACAAAUAACGACUCAACGCCAGCGUCACCCAUACCGACAUUGCCCACUUCGCCAACAACGCCACCUGCCGGUAUUCCAAGCAAUGACAGCGCCAGCAGCGCUGCGACGUUACUCAAGGGCAGACUACCCGCACUCUCGACCUUCAAACUCAGUAAAGGCAAAUUACGCCCCGGAAAAACAACUGUUAUGUUAUUCGCCAUAACUAUGGUUUAUAUCUUAAGUUUUCUCCCCUUUCUCAUCAUAGGGAUAAUUCGAUUACGGAUUGGAGCCAAGUUUUAUCCGAAUUUAAGCGGACCGGAAGAAGUGGCCGUUAAUUUAUUUCUCCGAUCCUAUUUGGUCAACAACUGCGCCAAUCCUGUUGUGUACGGACUCUGUAACUCACAGUUUAGAAAGGAAUUUAGAGACCUGUUUAGAUCAAGUUGCAAAAAACACGGUGCGGGGUUGUAAUGGGCUGUAUUCGAGGGGUUUUUAUCCAUUGAAUUUAAACCACAGAAUCCAUAAUUCUUCACGAGCAUGUUCCAUUCUUGUCAUAAAAUAUGUCCAGUUACAUGAGACAAUACAAGUUAUAUGAGACCAGGACAAUAAGCAAGAGGUAAUAAUAGGCUGAAUGGACGCCGGGCUGCAUCAAUGUAGUCGUCAUUGCCCGACUAUAUCGUGUGACUUUUCACUGAAUCGAUGGUAUUGCGAUGAUCCACUGGGUUAUCUCCCUUUGUCAGUGCUCAACGUUGCCUGCAGUUUUAAAUUUUCUUCAUUCACCACCAGGUGUUUAGGAAUAGGGACACCAAUCUCCAGAAACACACGUUUCAAUCAAUAAAUCAAAUAUGACCUGUGUUAUGUUUUACGGAAGAUCGAAGACAAGAGGAUAACAUCCCUCCAACCAGAUACAGAGUUUGUUAACUACACUUUCUGACACUAUUUGCGUUAAAAAGAUUGAAUGUGUCGUAGGUAUCUAGAUAACGCAAAUAUGCAUUAUAAGUUGUAGCAGGAUCACGAGGGGUACCUGGGUUUUUAUGCCUCCCGCGUUAGGUUUUAUACCACGAGACGGAGGCACUGGUGUUCACUUGUAUUGGAUAAAGCUGAACACAGGGUAUUAUGUAUGUAUAUAUGUGAAUAAACAC